AUGUACCUGCCUUACCCGCAUCCCGUUGAGCAGCACGCAUCGCAGCAGGUGGUGCGUCAUUCAGAUUCACGCCGAUUGCUGGAAGAACUGGUGGCGCAAGGGCCGCACGAUGAAGUCACAACCCGGGCGUUGGAGGUGAGCCGCAAACUCUUCGAUUUCGCCGGCAUGGCAGAUUCGAUUGGCAAUGCUGCCAAGUGGUGCCAAAACACCGUGAACGAGGUGCAGAACAAAGUGGUGGGCGUGCAGGAGGCUGCAACGCUCAUCCAGGGUGCGAAUGGCUAUGUCCAGGAGGGUACGCAGCUCACCGGCCAAGCUUGGGACAGCAUGAAGGGUCUCAGCAACAAGAUGGGCACGGUCUACAAAGAUUUCGAACCACUCCAGCCUGUCUUCGCCAGUGCCACGGGCGCCACCCAGCUAACAACUGACGAAGGCUUCCUAUCCAGGUUGGUGCACUGCAUCCGGGAAAUUAUCAGUAGCAACAGUAUCCUUGACAUCCUUGGCUCUUCGCUGGAGAAGGUAAUCCACAUCUUCACCCAGAUCAAGGAUACCGUGCUCAGCAUCAUGACGAAGUUGGGAGGGCGAAGGCUUCGCCAGGCUGGGGAAGAUGGGCGUCGCUUGCUGGAUUACAGCCAGUUGCUCGAGGGUAUCGACUUUGACUGGAUUGGAAACAAGAUCACAGGGUUUGUGAAGACCAUCAAGACUCAAUCGGAGAAUUUGGUCGACAUCGACACCGUUCUUGGCCCAAUGCUGGCCAAGAUGGACAAGACCGGCGAGGCGGUUCGACGGCUGGAUAUUGUCGCGCAGGCUCAGAGUUCCAUUGGAGACGCAAUUGGUAUCAAAGAGCAAGCCGAGAAAAAUAGUCGGGCAAUCAGCAAGAUCAUCCCGACGUGGCAAGCGGUGGAGGGCACAGCGGUCUCUAUGUGCCCAUCCGUGCUGGCAACGAAGGACACCAUCAGCAACCUUCAGUGCCGGACAACGGAGUUCGUAAGCAAAGCUGGGCUUGCCUCCUGGGUUCCUUCGCAGGUGACAGACAUUGUGGGCAACUGUCCUGCAACCUUGCCAACCGCAGAGGAAGCCAUUGCUCAAGGAUGCCCGUAG